AUGUCCGCGGCAGCUCCCGCCCUCUACGCCAUCAUCUCCGGCGCCGGCUCCGGCACCGGCGCCGCCGCCGCCCUCCGCUUCGCAAGGACCUACCCCGUCGUCCUGCUCGCCCGCUCGCCCGCCUCGUACCAGCCCAUCGUCGACCAGAUCCGCGCCGCCGGCGGCACCGCCCACGGCAUCUCCGCCGACGCCGCUGACCCGGCUGCCGUCGACGCCGCUUUUGCCUCCAUCGAGCGCGACCUCCUCCCCGGCGCUAAGCUCGCCGCCGCCGUGUACAACGCCAAUGCAGGCUUUGCGGUGAAGCCCUUCCUCGAGCUGACCAAGGAGGACCUCGACACGAGCCUUGGGACUGGCGCCUACGGCCUCUUCUACUUCGCCCAAAGAACCAUCCCGCGCCUCCUCGCCGCCGUCCCCUCCUCCCCCCAUCCGCCCACCCUCGUCGUCACCGGCGCCACCGCCUCCGUCCGCGGCUCCGCCCGCUUCGCCUCCUUCGCCGCCGGCAAGUUCGCCCAGCGCGCCCUCACCCAGUCGCUGGCCCGCGAGUUCGGCCCCCAGGGCGUCCACGUCGCCCUCGCCAUCAUCGACGGCGGCAUCGACACCCCCUGGGGCAAGGACCGCGUCGCCAACGGCGGCGUCGAGGACGGCAAGAUUAAGCCCGAGGCUAUUGCCGAGAGCUACUGGCAUUUGCAUACCCAGCACAGAUCGGCUUUCACGCAGGAGCUGGACCUCCGCCCGUUUGUCGAAAAAUUCUAG